AUGAGGGACACGGAGGAGAGCAUUCCCAUUGCUUUAUCUGGUAGGGAUAUCUUAGCUAGAGCAAAAAAUGGAACAGGCAAAAGCGGUGCCUACCUCAUUCCCUUACUUGAACGGCUGGACCUGAAGAAGGACAAUAUUCAAGCAAUGGUGAUUGUUCCCACAAGAGAACUUGCUCUACAGGUCAGUCAAAUUUGCAUCCAGGUCAGCAAACACAUGGGAGGGGCCAAAGUGAUGGCAACCACAGGAGGAACGAAUUUACGGGAUGACAUAAUGAGGCUUGAUGAUACAGUGCAUGUGGUGAUCGCUACCCCUGGCAGAAUCCUGGAUCUUAUCAAGAAAGGAGUAGCGAAGGUUGACCAUGUCCAGAUGAUAGUAUUGGAUGAGGCAGAUAAAUUGUUGUCGCAGGAUUUUGUGCAGAUUAUGGAGGAUAUUAUUCUCACACUACCUAAAAAUAGGCAGAUUUUGCUAUAUUCUGCUACUUUCCCUCUUAGUGUACAAAAGUUCAUGGUAAGUAUUAAAUCUAUACUUUCAAUCACCUAUUUACUAUGCCUGUUCAGCCUGUGCUGGCACACGAUGAUAAAGUGCUUGCCUGAUGAGAUGAAGUGUUAUGAUACAGACAUAGAACAUCGAAAUCGUGUCUUUCAUGAUUUCCGAAAUGGCUUAUGCCGCAAUCUUGUUUGCACUGAUCUGUUUACCCGAGGUAUUGAUAUACAAGCUGUGAAUGUGGUAAUAAACUUUGACUUCCCAAAGCUGGCAGAGACCUAUCUUCAUCGCAUUGGAAGAUCAGGUCGCUUUGGUCAUCUUGGCUUAGCCAUCAACUUGAUCACAUAUGAUGAUCGCUUCAACCUGAAAAGUAUUGAGGAGCAACUGGGCACAGAAAUUAAACCUAUCCCAAGCAACAUUGACAAGAGCCUGUAUGUGGCAGAAUACCACAGUGAGCCUGUAGAAGAUGAGAAGCCUUAACAAGCACGCUUUGACAAACUGCAAAAGGCUCCUUGGAUCUGUGACACAUCAUUUGGGGGGGAUGCUCUUCUCUUUGUGGGUUUUUUCAUCUUUAUUUGGAACUAUGAAGAGUUAUAUAAGAGCUCAGACAUUUUUCUUUUUUUUUUUUUUAAACUGGUGAAGAGAAACUGAAAAGAAGAAAUAGACGUUUUUGUUCCACUUGUUUGCACUGUGUGCUGACUGAACAUUCGUUGCACUAACUGCUGGUUUUUAAAAAUGUUUUCUGGGAAAAGGGGACGAGAAGAGGGGAGAAACCCUAAGAAGAGAAGAACCUUGGUGAACGCACCUGUCUACAAUUCUCCAAUAGCCGACUCUACUGCAUUUCAACUUCUCCCUGGUUAGUCAUCGUUUCUUAAGCCUAAAGAGCUUAUUACUUAUUUGUGCGAAGUGCCUUAUGCUACGAAACCAUUAAGAUUAUCAUCCUUAUACAAAGCCCAAGGAAUCAACAAAGUCAUGUUCUUUUUUCUUUUUUUCAAUCUUCUUUGCCUCUUCAUUUUUGUUUCAAGUUGAAGUCUCUUCCUGUUCUACCAGUACUCACGCCCAGGGCCGGAAGGUGGACUAGUGAUGUUAGCGCCAUUUUCCUUUUCUUUGUAUGGAGGAGUUGAUUCACAACUGCAGUCCAUCCACACUGUAAAUACAUGUAUUUAAAAAAAACAAUACCAAGUACAAUUUUCUUCUGGGCUGAGCAGACGCACCAUCGUCGCUCCCAAAGGAAAGGACAGCCUCUCACUGCAGGAGCCAUAUGACAAGCCUCUGUGCUCUGCAGCGGAACACUAACCUGGCUCACGCCUCCAUGAGCAGUAUGGCGCUUGACAUGGAGACAUGCUGGAGCCUUGGCCUCUUUCCUCUGUAACAAAGCGCGUCCCGUAGAAGAUUGGAUGUGUAUACUUGUAUAAACUUUGUAAAUAAGUUUUUUUUUCUGGGUUCAUAUAUAUAGAUAUAUAUAUAUAUACAUAUAUAUAUUAUUUUUUUUCUUUUGGAUGAAGGUUGCUGGGAUUAAGGGGAUUAGAGUGAUUAUGGGAGCAGCUAAAGAUGAGAGGGGCUCAGUUUUCUGCAACACUAAAUUCUUCAAAAGUGCUUUGGCCUCUAACUGUAGGAAGCCGACCUCUGCAGGGCCCUGGUUGAAAGGGGCCCAGAAGCCCAGGAUACACUGUCUGCUGCACUGCUCUUGUGAUGCAUUUACGGUGGUUUUAGCAGAGAGCAAGGAAGCAUCACAAAUCCAAUUCCUGAGGGCUUUGAGAAGCUCUGUGAUUUGGUUCUCCUGCCCUAAAAGUUUGAGGAACUUCCCAAGUUCUGCUCAGGGGAACAAAGAUUGAUCUUCCUUGGAGUGUGAGAAGGGUGUUAAGUGCAGGCUGAGAUCAGAGUGUGUAAAGCGUGCAUUGCAUUUCAGAGGACCAGCCAGUACCGGCUCCGUGGGCUUGGCAGUUGCGGAGCUUAGCUGCUUCAGUCACCUGUGGUGUGGGAGUGAGUUGCCCUCAGCCCACCUUGAUACAUGCACUCUGCAGGAAUGGGCAACCCCCCAAAGCUGUAACUUCCAUGCUGCAGAAAUUGCCAUUGUUCUCUGUGCCCUGAUGAGAAUGCUGUCUGUCAUUUUGCAUUGUAAAUCGCUGGCAGAUGCUUUUGGUGGGUAGUGUUGCUUUAAAUUGUGCCCCUCCCAACAUGCUUGAUGUUUGGCCUGAUCUCCAGGCAAAAGGAGUGAGAUGAAUCAAACCAGUGAACUUUUUUUUAAAACAAAUGUUUUUAAUUCCCUUUUAACCCAGUAUACUAGGUCAGUCAGGAGGCAUCUAGGGAACAAAAAAAACAAAAAACAAAAUUUAAAAAAAUUGAUUUCCAUAUUCCAUCAUUUUUCAAAACCUUAAAACUAUGACAAGGUAUGUCAUGUGUAUGCUUUCAUGCUUAACUCACCUGAAUAAAGGAAUCAGUUAUUCAAAGUUGCUUUCUGACUUUGCCUAGCUCUAAAGCAAAACUAUGUGACUCACCCCAGAUUCCUUGGGGAUCAAAAUCCUGCAGAUGCCUCCUGAUCAGACAUAACCCCAACUCCGACUCCGAAACAACUGUAGCAAGAGCUGCACAGUACAAACCCCAGAAGGCAAGUCCAGUCGAUGUUGGUUACUAAACACAAACCAAAUUAAGGAAGUCACUUUUUUAGGGAGGGUGGGGGAGGGGUCUUAAAAUAUCUCCUUUUGACCAACAAAUCUUGCCCUUGUACUGAUGCAGCUCUCUUUCUUCCUGCCUUUGGCGAGAUGAGGGAUCUUCCAUAUAGAACAUCGGAGGAAAGGAAUAUAAAUGCAGUUUGGUACCUCGCCAAAGGGCAUGUGGGUGCGUCAACAGAAAGAGUGCAGUCUCUUGCCAACCUUGGGCUGCUCUGCCAGGUGCCACAUGCCUACGGGUCCCUCUUAAAGCACAGACUCCACAUGGAGAGCAUUACUGAUUAUAGCCUCUGAUGAGUUGUGGCACCUGGAUUAGCUGGCACCGCCGCAGGACACUAGAGAGGCUGCGGUGGGUGUGGUGCUUUGCUCACACGAGCUGGAAAUGGGAAGAUGCCCUACUGACUGGGUCAAAAAGCCUGGUCUCUGUUUUUUUUUUUUUUUUUAAUCCCCUAAUAAGGAACAUCACUCCUAUUGGAAAUUGUCUUUCAGGUUCUUUCCAGUGUUUUUUAAAUAAUUUUGUUUUUCUAGUAGUUCAUUUGGAUGAGAGAAUACGUCCUAUUUUGAAUAUUCAGACUAUAUCCACCUCAGUGGUUUUAGCUUCUGGUUAUAUAGUUGUGUAAUGAGUUACAAGACUGUUACACACCUUGCUGCCUCAGGGCCUGUUUUGUUUUUCUCCCCCUUUAUGUUGAAGGUGAAUGAAACUUUCCAGUGGGAGUGAAAUAUAUUUGCCAUAAAAUAAUUUUUUCUGGAAAGGAUAGCCUAACUAAUUCUAAAUUAUUUCCAAAUGGUAUCACCAUUAUAAUACAGGGUUGACCCAAAAUCUUGGGGUAGGGUGGGUGGUUGUCAUAGUUCAUGUUCAGAAUGAGAUGAGGGCAUCUUCCCGUGGCCGCUGGCUUUGUGCUGGACACCAUUGUGCUCAGUGAGAACAGAGCACAGCACAGAGUUCAGUGGAAGUGUUGGAAACAGAACAUCUCCUUCUGAUCGUUUGAUUUGUUUUUUUUCUCUUUUUUUUAAUAGGGGUGGGAGGGGAGGGUACUGUGUCCCAAAGGGGGGAGGGUUGUCUGCACUAAGGAUUUAGAAACACUUUGGAAGCUCAUAACCUCAUGGGAAACUGCCUUUAGCCACACUCCUGACCUUCAGAUGAGUAACAGAAAGAUGAAAUAAGUUCUUGGGAAUUAAGCCAUGUUAUUUUAAUUGGAUACUUUUUUUUUUCAACUUUUCUGUGUAUCUUUAAAAUUGUUACUGUGGAAUGAUUUUCUUGCCAAAUGUCUUUGUCAGGCAAAAUUAUUGACCUCAUGGGAGGUGAAGUAAGCCAGCUUUUGGGUGAAUUUAUGCAGACUUUGGUGAGUUUGUAGUUCUACUUUAUAUUCAUAAAGAUAGUUUUUUAAAACUCCCAAAGCAAAUCUAUUUUCUUCUGUGUUGUAAAAACUCAUCUUUGGAAUAAAGAGUUAAGUGUCCAAGGGUUGUAACCAGUAUGAGGUCAGAGGGAGCUGGCCUGGACUCUGCCCCUCCACAGCUGACAGACUCCAACAGAAGUGUAUUUAAAUCUCCAGUAGACAAGCUGGGCAGGGCAAGGGAGGGGUGGGCCUGGGUUAGUUAAAGAUACAGGCUGCUGAAUUUUAACCAGUGGUUCUUGGGAAGGGUGCCUGGAGAAAACAAAGUCACUUCCCUUAUUUGAAACAAAACAAAUUAGAAAAAACUUAAAAUUUUUGUUCAAUAAAUAUGAGAAAAUUCUAAUGUCCCUAGCCACAAGGGACCAGUUCCACUUUGAACAGUGGGAACUUAAAACUUUGAAAAUAUUUUGGGGAAAGGGAGAAUUGGCUUUCUGUUUAAUUGGCAAAUGUUCCAGUGGGGGGUAUGUUUUUGUUGGGAUGUGUUACGUUGUAUGUACAUGUCUAUGGACCUGAGUAAAGAGUUUAUAUAUGGUUUAGAAAAGAUGGUUGGUAAAAUCUUGAUUGCUUCUUUUUGUUAAUUUAUCUCAAUAAAAGCCCACUGGAACUCCA